UGGAAUUCCCCCCGGCAGAGCUGGGAGUGACACUGACAAGCAAUCGGCCGCGUCCAGAGCAGCAGGCGGCAUCCGGGGGGAGCGGGGCCGGCUGGGGGGCCCCAGGAGGGCUUCCUGGAACCCCAGCUCCAUGGCCGCCUGCACCCUGACACAGGCCAGAUAAGAGUCCUGGCUGCAUUAUCAGAGCCCGGCAGGGCACCGGUCUCCCUGCACCAGAAGGAAGACUGGGGGCGCAGCAGGUCCUCAAGGCGAUCUUCCCAGAGAGCGGACCGGCGGCUGGUGGCCAGAGUGGAUGGACUUUGCCGAGCCCUAGCUCAAGUCCGGGAGUCCCGGGCCAGAUGGGGGCAGACGCUUACUGGCGGCAAUAGAGAAAGUGAGGCAGCUGCAAGGAGGGCGGCGGGACUGCACUUGAGUGUCCAGACCUGCUCGAUGGUCCACCAGAAUUUGCAGGAUAACGUAGCCUUGGAGAGUAAGACCUGGCAUCUAAACCUGUCUUCACCAUUUAGAAGCUGCGUGACUCUAGGAACGUGUUUCACCUCUCUGAGCCUUAGUUUCAUCAUCUUUUAAAGAAGGAUGGAGGUGACCGCCAUGUCAGUGAGGUUGCGGUUCCUGUCCCCUGGGGACACAGGGGCUGUGGGGCUCGUGGGCCGGAGCGCCUCCUUCGCAGGCUUCAGCAGCGCACAGAGCCGGAGGAUUGCAAAGUCCAUCAACAGGAACUCCGUGAGAUCGCGAAUGCCUGCAAAAUCCUCCAAGUUGUACGGCACGCUGCGAAAGGGGUCGGUCUGUGCAGACCCCAAGCCCCAGCAGGUGAAGAAGAUCUUCGAAGCAUUGAAAAGAGGCCUCAAGGAGUAUCUGUGUGUGCAGCAGGCUGAGCUGGACCACCUGUCUGGACGCCACAAGGACACCAGGAGGAAUUCCAGGCUGGCUUUCUAUUACGACCUGGACAAGCAAACGCGCUGUGUGGAAAGGCACAUUCGGAAGAUGGAGUUUCACAUCAGCAAGGUGGACGAGCUGUACGAGGACUACUGCAUCCAGUGCCGCCUGCGCGACGGUGCCUCCAGCAUGCAGCGGGCCUUCGCCAGGUGCCCCCCGAGCCGCGCGGCCCGAGAGAGCCUGCAGGAGCUGGGCCGCAGCCUGCACGAGUGCGCCGAGGACAUGUGGCUCAUCGAGGGGGCCCUGGAGGUUCACCUGGGCGAGUUCCACAUCCGGAUGAAAGGCUUGGUGGGCUACGCACGCCUCUGUCCCGGAGACCACUAUGAGGUGCUCAUGCGUCUGGGCCGCCAGCGCUGGAAGCUCAAGGGUCGGAUUGAGUCAGAUGACAGUCAGACCUGGGAUGAAGAGGAGAAGACCUUCGUCCCCACGCUGCAUGAGAACCUGGACAUCAAGGUGAUGGAACUGCGGGGUCUGGGCUCGCUGGCUGUGGGCACAGUGACGUGUGACAUCGCCGACUUCUUCACGACACGGCCACAGGUCAUCGUGGUGGACAUCACAGAGCUGGGUACCAUCAAGUUGCAGCUGGAGGUGCAGUGGAACCCGUUUGAUACUGAGAGCUUCCUGGUGUCACCCAGCCCCAUAGGCAAGUUUUCUAUGGGCAGCAGGAAGGGCUCCUUGUACAACUGGACACCCCCGAGCACCCCCAGCUUCCGGGAGAGAUACUACCUGUCUGUCCUACAGCAGCCAACACAGCAGGCCUUGCUACUCGGUGGCCCAAGAGCCACCUCCAUCCUCAGCUACCUGUCUGACAGCGACCUCCGGGGUCCCAGCCUAAGAAGCCAGAGUCAGGAGCUACCUGAGAUGGACUCCUUCAGCUCUGAGGACCCCCGAGACACGGAGACCAGCACGUCAGCGUCCACCUCAGAUGCGGGCUUCCUGCCCUUGGCCGUCGGCCCCCACGCCUCCAUUGAAGAGGAGGCCCGGGAGGAGCCCCUGUCCCCAGGUCUCCUGCCAGACAUGGCCCACCUCUCGGGAGGCCCAUGUGCAGAGCAGCCCGGCUGGAGGAACCUAGGAGUGGAGAGCCCCAGCCUGCCACAGGGCUCCCUGUUCCACAGUGGCACAGCCCCGAGUAGCCAGAAAGGCCACGAGGAAGGGGCAACCGGGGACAGAGAGGAGGGGCCUGGCGUGGCCCUCGAGGGGCCUCUGCAGGAGGUCCUGGAGUUGCUGAGGCCCACGGACUCCACCCAGCCCCAGCUCCGGGAGCUGGAGUACCAGGUCCUAGGUUUCCGGGACCGGCUGAAGCCCUGCAGAGCACGGCAGGAGCAUGCCUCGGCCGAGAGCCUGAUGGAGUGCAUCCUGGAGAGCUUCGCCUUCCUCAAUGCCGACUUCGCCCCAGAUGAGCUAUCCCUGUUUGGGGGCUCCCAGAGUCCCCGAAAGGACCGGCCCCUGCCCCCACCAUCAUCACUGAAAACGUCAUCCAGGGAACUCACAGCCGGUGCCCCGGAGCUGGACGUGCUGCUGACGGUACACCUCCGAGUCUGCAAAGCUCUGCUGCAGAAACUGGCCUCCCCUAAUUUAUCAAGGCUGGUCCAGGAAUGCCUGCUGGAAGAAGUGGCAGAGCAAAAGCAUGUUCUGGAGACACUUUCUGUCCUUGACUUUGAGAAGGUCGGCAAGGCAACAUCCAUCGAAGAGAUCAUCCCACAGGCCUCGCGGAGGAAGGGGUGCCUGAAGCUGUGGAGAGGGUGCACAGGGCCUGGCAGAGUCCUGUCCUGCCCUGCCACGAAGCUGCUGAACCAGCUCAAGAAAACCUUGCUGCACAGAGUCAGAGGGAAAUACCCGGGACAGCUGGAAACAGUGUGCCGCAGGCUCCUGGAGCAGGUGGUCAGCUGUAGUGGGCUGCUCCCCGGAGCUGGGCUCCCCGAAGAACAGACCAUCACCUGGUUCCAGUUUCACGGCUACCUGCAGAAGCAGAGCGUCUCCGACCUGGAGAAGCACUUCACCCAGCUCACCAAGGAAGUGACACUCAUCGAGGAGCUUCACUGCGCAGGGCAGGCCAAGGCGGUCCGGAAGCUGCAGGGGAAGCGGCUGGCCCAGCUCCAGCCCCUGCCCCAGACUUUAAGAGCCUGGGCGCUGCUCCAGCUGGACGGCACUCCGAGGGUGUCCAGGGUGGCCAGCGCUCGCCUGGCGGGUGCAGUCAGGAACAGAAGCUUCCGGGAAAAGGCUGUGCUCUUCUACACCAACGCCCUGGCAGAGAACGAUGCAAGGCUCCAGCAGGCCGCGUGCCUGGCGCUCAAACAGCUCAAGGGCAUUGAAAGCAUCGACCAGAUUGCCAGCCUGUGCCAGUCUGACCUGGAGGCCGUGCGGGCGGCAGCCCGGGAAACCACACUCUCGUUCGGUAAAGUGGCACAAUCUGUGCAGCGCAGCGGAGUUCCUGGGGCCCUCAGAACCUGCGAGAGGCCACAGCCACACCCAGCUCUCCCAGCAGGCAGAACAGCUCUGGGGUACCCGGGAUGGGCACCGUUAGCAGCCCUGGCACAGAGCCAACCUUCACCCUUUGUAGCAUCCUGCCAGGGCUGGGUGGCAGGGAGUGUUCGCUAUCUUCUUAGACUUUAUGACCUUUGGGAUAGAAGCCAGAGGCAAGGCAGGGUUCCGAUUCAGCAGGACAUCCUAGAGUUAAAGGCAAGGCCCCCCAGGCCAUGUGAGUCACCAGGUGGGGGCUCCCGCACAUACUCCCUCCCCUGCCGCUUUGCAGAGACCACCGGGACCCACAGUCACUAAGCACUAGGGCCACCUUGGCCCAUGAGAGUCGGAAGUGCCAAGGCAGGAUCCAAUCUGGUGACAGGUCCCUUUGCUAUUUCAGGUGAAAACGGACGGUUAGCUUUUGAGAAGAUGGACAAGCUCUGCUCAGAACAAAGAGAAGUCUUUUGCCAGGAGGCAGAUGUUGAAAUCACAAUAUUUUAAAAAAUCCUGGUCGUUGAGCACAAAUCUCACAUCGGUUUUUUGCCGCUGCCCGGCUUGGACGUAGCCUGCGCGCUGGGUAAUGGUGCUGUGCACUCCUCCAGGAGUGUGAGCUGUCCAGAGCGCUGCCUGAGGCUCCGGCCACUGACCCAGCCCCAGGGCAUGGGCUGGUCUUUUGUACAGAAGCAGAAAAAAGCAAGGCAGGGGCUGCCAGGCCUCAGUGGAGCGCUCGACUUCUGGCUGCGGGUCUGUGUGACCUUCCCAGAGAUGCAGAGCUGAGCUGCACUAGGUGGCCACCUACAAAAGGGCCAAGGCCAGGCAAGUCGAGGCCCUAAAUAAAAGGCUCCAAGACAAGCGUGUAGAACUCCAGGCCUCCCUGCAGGUCAGCUGCUUGGCACUUCUGGGUCAACAGGCGCUGGGAUGCAGCAGGCUGGCAGGUGGCUGGCCCUGUUAAUGCAAGACUGCUCAGGUCAUUUCAGCAGCAGCCAGGUGUCACCUUGGUGAGCUGGGGAAGGCGGGAAGGCACAAAGCCAGGGUUUCUACAUGCACACUCUCAGCCUGACCUGCAGCCAGAGUGCCGGUGGAACUCCCAGACAGCGGCUGGUAGACUGAGAACCUCAUUUUCCCCCUGUUCAGCAGCACAAACGGAAGAAGCCACCACAUCAGCCCAGGAGCCCUGAGUAGCACGGGCAGCAGGGCCACUCACUUUGGCCAUCCGCACCCAAAUGCAAUCAAGCCAGCUUCGGAAGCUACCCUAGGGUCUCGUCAAUAAACCGUUACAGAAGCCAUCAACUGGCCUGAAGAAAGAGUUCACUGAAGAACACACUGUUUUAAAGAAAGAAAAUUAGUUUCCUAUUUAAGUCUUAAAAAAAGCAAACCAUGUCCUGAGAUGUCUGUGUUAAUAGUGCAGACAGAACCUAGGGUUUGAGGUUGCUGUAGCAAUGGCAUUGGAGAACUUUAACUUGAACAUUCUCAUCGAUACUUCCUGUACAUAUUUUGUGCUUUUUGGUUUAACUUAGUAUUUAUUUGCCUUGUUCAUAUGUUCCAUUUUCUGAAAUUUCAAUUAAACUAUUUUAAUUGGUGUUUCACUUUUUACCCAAAA